CACCGUUAAGAACAAAACAUCAGGUUUUUAUUACACAGUCAACUAAUUCCUUAUCAACGAGUGCUUAAUGUAGGUAAUCAUAUAUUAUCUUAUCUUUGCUGUCGGAAGAAACGUAAUUAGUCCAAACUUUAAAAUAAUAUUUUGCAUUGACUUUAACACAUGAAGGAAUGGAUUUAAAUAUAUCGGUAGUUUUGCUAUGUGGAAUGCUGGCUACAUCCGCAGGUACAGGUACCUCUGAAACAGAUGUAAUGAAUUCGGAAACAAAAAAUAAUGUUGUUGAUGCCAAUCUGAAUGCUAAUUUGAAUAAUGAAGGCCCUGAAGCUGGUGGAAAGCUUGCAGAUAUUCUUGAACGUAUGAAACAACUUGAAAUCAGAGAGAAAACACGUGAGACGAUGUAUGUACGUGAAUUGGACAAACUGCGACGUCAACUUGCCGUACAAACAAAACGUACCACAUCUCUUGAAAGACUGGUCAAACAUCUUUACAAUGGAAUGUCUGACACUUCACACGGAAACACUGACAAGGAAUCUGAUGUACCAAAUAAUUCAGACAUCAAUGUUAAGCAUUCAUCGAUACAAUCACACAAAAUGAUGAAAACCCAAAGAAUCCGCCGUGCGGAAAAUGAAUCACCUGUUGCAUUCUUUGCUACCCUCAACAAUCAUUUAAAUCAUUUGUCUGCUAAUCAACCAAUAGCAUUUGAUAACGUCGUCACGAACAUCGGCAAUGCCUACAAUAACCAUUUCGGGUCAUUUAUUGCACCGGUACCCGGUACAUACGUGUUUUCGGCCACACUUUUCUCACAUUACCACACUAACUACCACGCGAACUUUGUGAAGAAUGGUCAAAUGAUAACGAGGAUGUACGUGAGCGGUGGAGAAGGAGGUUAUGACACAACAAGUCAAACAAUUGUUCUAGAUCUUGUUAAGGGAGAUGAUGUUGGCAUACAGAACAUCGAUGCUGACAAACCGAUUUAUGGUUUCAACUACAGCAUGUUCUCUGGUUUCCUGUUGCAGGAAAACUUUCAAAGCUCUGUAGUAGUAGGAUAAAAAGUAAAUGAAUUGUUAUAUCUAUUAAUAAAGCAGGAUACCAAAUCAGGACUUUUUUGACUAUCCAUAUUGUGUUGGUAUCUAUUUCACAGUGUAUAAACGAAAUCAUUGUAUCAUUUAAUGCACGACUAUACAAUUCAA